CGGGGGAGCCGGGGGCUCGGGCGCUGCGCAUUCGCCCAGCACCAGCGUGACAGCCCAUGGGGUGGGUGGCCUCCUCCUUCCUCCUCCCUGCCUGAAACUUGAUGCAGCAGAGGAGGCUGAUUGCAAGAUUAAUUACGCAUUUUCCAAAACCUGACGGCUGGGGGAAAGCAAGCAAAAAGUGCUGCCUGCUUCCCUGAUUAGGUUCACUUAUCUGCAGAGGAGAGCAGGAGAGCUCGGGCUGGGGAAGGGAGCCGGGAGACCUGCGGCACCAGAGCUAUGGUGCUGGUGGCUCUCACGGCGCUCCUGUCCCUGCUGCCCCUGGUGUCGAUGCUGCAGGACACAGGUACCCCGAAGGCGAGCGGGGUGCCAGACCCCGACACGCCAGCCCUGCUCCGUCUGUCCGACUCGCUGCUGGCACACUACAAGAAGAGCACCCGGCCCGUGCGGGACUGGCGCACCACCACCACCGUGGCCAUCGACGUGAUGGUGUACGCCAUCCUCAGCGUGGAUGAGAAAAACCAGGUGCUGACCACCUACAUCUGGUACAGACAGCACUGGACAGAUGAGUUCCUCCAGUGGGACCCGGCGUGCUUUGACAACAUCACACAGAUAUCGCUCCCCGCCGAGAGCAUCUGGGUGCCCGACAUCCUCAUCAACGAGUUCGUGGACGUUGGCAAGUCCCCUGAUGUCCCCUACGUCUAUGUCCGCCACCACGGGGAGGUGCAGAACCUGAAGCCCAUCCAGGUGGUGACCGCCUGCAGCCUGGAUAUCUACAAUUUCCCCUUCGACGUCCAGAACUGCUCUCUCACCUUCACCAGCUGGCUGCACAACAUCCGAGACAUCAACCUCUCGCUCUGGCGGACCCCGGAGCUGGUGAAAUUCGACCGGAGCAUCUUCAUGAACCAGGGCGAGUGGGAGCUGCUCUACGUGCUCAGCCACUUCCAGGAGUUCAGCGUCAAGAGCAGCGACAGCUACGCCGAGAUGAAGUUCUACGUAGUUAUCAGGAGACGUCCCCUCUUCUAUACUGUCAGCCUGCUGCUCCCCAGCAUCUUCCUGAUGGUGAUGGACAUCGUGGGCUUCUACCUGCCUCCCAACAGUGGCGAGAGGGUCUCUUUCAAGAUCACACUCCUGCUGGGCUACUCAGUUUUCCUAAUCAUUGUAUCUGACACACUUCCUGCUACGGCUGUUGGCACCCCGCUGAUAGGCAUCUAUUUUGUGGUGUGCAUGGCACUGCUUGUCAUCAGCCUCACGGAGACCAUCCUCAUCGUGCGCCUGAUCCACAAUCAAGACCUGCAGCCCCACGUUCCCAGCUGGGUGAAGCACUUGCUGCUGGAGCGUGCCGCUGUCCUGCUCUGCAUCCGGGACAGGAAGAAACUCAGCCAAAGCAGGGCGCAGAGCUCAGACAUCUCCAGGCAUGUGGAGAACAACGACAGCACAGCCAAGCUGAACCACUACGGCUGCGAGGACCCCCGGGAGCGUGAGGUGGCAGGGGGCACGAGGCCCGCUCCUGCCUUUGGCUCUGUGGCAGAGGGCUCUCCGCUCAUGCCCAGCAUCCUGCACGAGAUCUCCACCAUCCGCCAGUUCCUCGAGAAGCGGGAUGAAUUUCGCGACGUCGCCCGCGAGUGGCUGCAGGUGGGCUACGUGCUGGAUGUCCUGCUCUUCCGAGCAUACCUGCUGGCCGUCCUGGCCUACACCAUCACGCUGGGCGCUCUCUGGUCGGUGUGGCAGUACGCCUGAGCUGCCUCUCGGGGCAGGCGAGGCAGGGACCUCGGAUGCUUUGCUGCUGGUCCCCCCCCGGCAGCUCCGGAGCAGCAGCAGCAGCAGCCGAGGGCUUGAGGCAUCUCUCACGGCUCUCACCAUCCCAACCCCGGCUCCUCCAUCCCUGCCCCGCAGCCCCCCCGGCAGCCCCUCGAGCUCCCCGAAAUGGGGCAGGGUCGCGGCGCUGCCCCCUCCCCGCCGGCCCCGCUCCUCCCCGGCUUCAGCACCGCGGACAGCGGCGCCCACCCCGGCGGCAGCGGCGGCGGCUCCUGCCCGGGCUCCCCCCGGACCCCCCCCCCGGCCCCUCUCCGCUGCGAAGGGCCCGGGGCUCCGUGCGCAUCCUGCUCCGAGGGCACCCACCUGGAGCCUUGGGGGGGUCUCUCCUCCUUGAGCCCUUCCCCAGGGUUUUUUCCUGCUGCCCCCCCGGCUCCUUCCCAGCCCCUCGUUUCACGCUUCACCGCCCUGCACAACGCACUGGGGGGGUCCCCAUUCUCCGUUUUAUUGCUCGCCCGGCUCUGCAUGGUUCUUUCGGCCCCCACCCGAGUGUUUUGCAUGCUUGACCGGCAGAGCCCCCCCCAACAUUCCUGCCCAGCAGUACAGGGACUGGGGGAGAACUGGCAGAGCAGGGACAGUGAACCCAAAGAGUGAACCCAAACAGCACAAAAAGUGCAAAUGGGACCGUCUCCAUAGGAAUGCGGUGCUGGAAGAGACCAAGGGGGUUACCCACCCUGGUCCUCUGCUCCCGCAGGCUUCCACAGCUGCCCUAAGUAAAUAUAAGUAAAUAUACUCCCUCUGUGCACCUCUGCCAGGGCAGAGGCAUAAAGCUGCCAUCUAACAGGAGAGAAAAGCUCCUCCUGUAGCUGAGAGCAGCAGGACUGGGAUUUGAGCCAAAAUUGGAAGGAGACGAUCUGCCCAACGUGGUACCUCCGUUUGUUUCCAAGCUGGGAGCAGUUGUGACAACCACUGAGAGAAAAAGUGAUACUGAUGGCAUUUGUGGGGUGGUUCCCAGCCCUACUAUGCUUGGCUGAGACCCCAUGCAGGCAGGGGUGUGCGCUCCACACUGGUACUUACCUGUGCACCCAGAGCAGGCACCAUCCUCAGGAAGGUUGGAGAUGAAGGGAGGCCCCAUCCCGUUUGCUCUGGUGGCUCCUCUGUGCACAGCAGGGAUGGAGACCGCAGGCAGCAGGGCAGACAGAGAGAUCGCGGGGUCCGGCUCUCCCGUGCCUGCUCCCAAGCCCACCAAGCAUGAUCCAAAGGCCUGACACCCUCCCAAGCCUUCACCUGCAGGAAAACUCCCUGCUGAGUGACAGGAGGGCUGCAGGACGGGUGGCGCGGGCUCCUGGCAGCGCUGGCCCGCGCUAAUGUGCUGAUGGUCUGUAAGUGGCUGUCUAUUGAUGAGGUGUCCAGUUAAAGAGUUCGUGAGACACUAAAUCAGCCCAUUGAUCCUACUGAGAUCGAUGGUGCUACAGACCUGAUCAGUGCAGCGGGCAAUUAACACCCUCUGGAAUGAGCCGCCUUCAUGUAACAUCAAACGCUCCAACAGACAAAUCCAAUGGGCCCAUUGAACCGGGUGCGCGGUGCCUCCUGCCCGCACGGGACCUGGGUUGAGGUCGGCAGGGCCACCACAUCGCCUUCCUCAGCCACACCGUGCCCCGUGGAGCCGUGCCAUCCCUUGGCUCACCUCUGCUGCCACAGCUCCCGGCUGGUGGCUGGAUCCCAGUGGCCAUCCGGGCACGGGCGCAGCGCAGGAGCUCCAUUUUCCAGCCAUCCCAGCCCUGUGACGUGGCCCUGCGUGUGACCUAACCCUGUGCAGAGCUGCUAACCCUCACCUGCUCCACAGGUCCCCCGUGGGAAAGGAGUCUGCCAGAGCUGGAGGAAGCAUCUAGUUUUUUUUUUUUUCCCUUACAGAUAGUGCUUUUCCCUCACGCUGCUUUGGGAAGUGCUGCAUGCAGGAAAAGUUACAGGCAUCUCUCUGAAAUAAGCCUGGAUUUUCCUCUUAAAAAAAAAAAAAAAUCAAUAAAUCUGAAUCUAAUCUACUAAUAAAGGUUUAAUGAGGACAUAAUGUUGAUGGAACAGAACAUUGUUGCAGCAUAAUCACUCCCAGCUGCUGUGUGAAUGUGCAGACAAAGGCCCAGUCCUAUGACAAUUUCCCUGUUAUAAUAACUCCUUUGUAUGAGGCCAAACGCUGCAGCAGAAUCUUAUCCCUCCCUUUUGCAAGGGACUGGUGCAGAGAGCAGGUCACUGGGAACACCUCACCUCAACCAGAGGUGCCCGAAACCUCCUUGGGAUGAGCUGUGCUGGGAGGGAGCUCUCGGGGCUGUUACCUGAGCCCAGGCUUGGACAUCACCUCUGACACCUCCACGGGCAAAAAACCAUCCCAAUGUCCCACAGGAUGGCUGUGUCCUGCAGCAGCACGAUGCAGAGCAAGGAGCAUGGGAUGGGACACAGCAUGUCCUGGGGGAGCUGGAGAUCUGUCCCCAGUGGGGACUGCGGGGCAGGCACGUGGCUCCCCCGUCCCCAGGGCAUGGUAAGAGCCUGCACUCGAUGCCAGCACCCAGCAGCCUGCUGCAUUCCACCCAUCACCUAAAAAAUAAAUGUUACAUCAAGUGUCUCCGCACCGUAAGUUGCUCACGAUGAGUGUGUGACCCCGUCCUGGUCCCAGCCUGGCUCCCCGAGGGCAGGAGGAGAUGCUCCCGGCUCCUGCCUGGCCGCACGCCGCGUGCUGUACAGUUUGCAGCGACAUAAAAGGAGUGCAGACUUUGCUGUUAAUGUAGUCAGUAAAUAAAUAAAGGAGGGCUUAAGCUUAGUGUACAGCAAUCAGUUUAGAACUACAGGAUAAUUAACACAGCGGGGGGCCAGACUACUCUACAGUCAGGUUUAAAUGAACGAGUUCACUUUCAUUGAGGCAAACUCGCUCAGCUCCCUGGGGAGCCGCGCAUGCAGCAGCAGCGCCCGUGCUGGCAGCAGCGAGCGGGGCCAGAGGGGUGCACCCCAUGCACCCCACACACCCUGCACCAGGAGGGAGCUGGGGAUCGGCUUGGCUGCCAGGAAUUGCUCCUGGAUGCUCCCUCGGCAGCAUCCAGGCAGCCCCACGGGGAGCCUGCGCCCAGCUCUCCACCUGCACACCCCUUCCCGGGGCAGGCAGGAGCUGGGUGUGCACGAUCCCACCAAGGCAGAGGCAGCCUUACUGCAGGGAUGGGGAGCAGCACCCCUUCUGCCUUCAGAACCCAAAUCACAGAGCUGUACAUGCCUCUGCUUCUCUCCUUAAACAAAAAAAUAAAGGACAGCAGCAAAUCACCCUGUCAAGCACCACACAGUGCACGAUAAAACGGCCUCCAGGGAUGCCAAGGGACUUUAAAACAGGAGGCACGUUUAAUUUCUGGCACCAUAAGCACCCUCUUCUAUGCCAAAGCACGAAGGAACUCCUGCAUAAAUAAGAACCAGGCUUUUUAGGAGCUCGUGGCUCUUAAUGAAAAAGAAAUUCUGGAGACCCAUGACUGCACACCUUGAUUUUCCAUGGAAAAGCAUCUUCCAGGCUGCACAUCCUCACAAAAACACCAGCUCCUACUUACUGUGCUGGACCCCCAGCACUGGGAUUUCCUCCCCAUCAUGGGGCCAUUGGCAUCCCCCUACCCCUGGAGAUGCCCCAGAAAUGGGGACGAGAGCGGGCCACGAAUUCUUCCCUGCUCGCAGUUGCCAGCCCCCAUCAUCCCUGAGGUGGUGCCUGGGCCAGGAGGUGUGCAGGGAUGGACCCCCCUGUGUGAGUGCUCCUCAUCCCCUGCCCCAUCCACCCCAUCCUCACCGAGACCCACCAGCACGAUGGCAUCAGUCAACAGGAGCCUGCUGGGGAGCAGGAUUUUAAGGAUGGGACCCAUCCUGCAGGAGCAGCAAGCUGGCACCCCAAUACCAUCAGCACGGCACAUGCCCUGGUCUGGAGG